AAGAGCGAGGCGGCGCGGCGGCGCGAGCCGCGGGCCGUGGUGCCGCCGUCGGUGCAGGAGCUGAACGACUCGGAUUUGUUCGCCAUCAAAAGGACCAUCACGGUGAGCCGGCGCGCCGGCACGCCCGAGCCCAAGCGCGAGGUGCUCUACGACUCCGAGGGGCUGAGCUUCGAGGGCUUCUCCGACCGCGAGCACGCCGAGUUCCCCGCCCGCAAAACCGAGGCCAGGCCGGCGCCGCCGGAGCCCGGCAAGAAGGAGAAGGAGAGGAAGCGGAGCCGCGCCGAGGAGAGGCCGGCGGGGAGGGAGAAGUACAAGAAGAAAUUCAAGGAUUACGCCGAGCCCGGCGCGGCCGAGGCCGGGAAGAGCAAGGAGAAGGCGCGGGAGAAGAGCGGGCGCAAGGGGAAAGCGGGCGGCGGGCACAAGGACGGGGCGGAGGCGGCGGCGCCGAAAACGCCGGCGGCACCGGCGGCGCCCAGGAAGGUGAAGCUGCAGUCCAAGGUGUCGGUGCUGAUCCGGGAGGGCGUCAGCUCCACCACCACCAGCACCAGCAGCGCCGCCAAGGAGGGAGCCGGAAGCGGCGGCGCCGGGAUCGGGGUGAAAUUCGCCCGCGACGCCGAGAGCCGCGCGGCGUUCCUGAAAACCGAGGAGAAGGCGGAAAAAGCGACCCCCAAAAACGACGGCGGGCAGCCCCGCGAGGCGGGCGCCAAACCCCGCAAGGCCAAACCCCCCAAAACCAAGGGGGGCGUGAAGAAAGUCAAGCUCAAAACCAAGGGCGAGGCGCGCAAGAAGAGGAAGACCAAGGCGAAAAACGGCGGCGCCGCCUUGAAGAAAUCCAAAGCCGACAGCUGCAGCCAAAGCGCCGCCAGCCCCCAACUCCGCCUGCCCCCCAAACCCGACCCGGCCUGGUCGGGCUCGGAAAAAUCCACGGGGGGCAGCACCCCGAAACCCCCCAGCCCGCUCUGCCCGGCCGCCGCCGCCCCCAAAGCCGCGCCGGUGGCGGCGGCGGCGGCGGCCGAGCGGGAGCUGACGCCGGACUCGCAGACGGUGGACAGCAGCUGCAAGACCCCCGACGUGUCCUUCCUGCCCGAGGAGGGGGCCGGGGGACCCCCGCAGGCGGCGGGGGGCGAGGGGACGGGCUCGGGGGACCCCCCCGGAGGGGAGCCCGAGGCCGACAGCCACUGCGAGGGGAAGGAGGAGGCGCCCAGGGCGGCGGCGGUGCCGGGGGUGCCGGCGGUGCCGGGGGCGGCCACGGGCUGGAGCCUGCAGGGCGGCGUGGACUGCGCCACCAGCGGCGUGCUGGCACUGACGGCGCUGCUGUUCAAGAUGGAGGAGGCCAACCUGGCCAGCAGGGCCAAGGCCCAGGAGCUGAUCCAGGCCACCAACCAGGUGGGGACACCGGGGG